AUGUCCCAACCGCAACCGCUGAAAUUGAAUGCAUUUUCUUCGAUUUCUCAAACGUUAAGAUUACCAUUACCAAUUCCAAGACCAUCUGUUCCAACAAAGCAUUCCGAGAUGCUAAUAUCAAAUUGGCCACCAUCUACACCGGAUUUCAUGAUAAAUCCAGCCCCCUUUCCCGUCAUUCCUUGCCAACAACAACAAACAGUGCCUGCAGGUCCAACUGGUAAACCCGUACCUAAUAGGCGUGGACGCAAGCGUCUAGCUACCAUGCCAUCAAACAAAAAACAUAAACAAAAUCUAACGAAUCAGCGUGCUUUUCGUGAACGCCGAGAGAAUUACCUUCGUAGUUUAGAAAGCAAAGUGGAAAUGUACGAGAAAGCAUAUGCAGAAUAUCAAAGUGAGAAUAGGUUAUUAAAAGAAGAAGUGGCAAAUUUAAAGAGGCGCCUCGCUAGAUUCGAAAAUUAUGGGCUCGAUGGUGGACUAGGUAUUACAUCUUCGGACUUCGAUAAGGUGUCCGAUAAUAAGAACGCAAAUCCGUGUUGUAGUAUGGUUAACUCGAUAUAUUCUGUCUCAAACAUGAUUGAAGAUAAUCAAAUAUAUCAUGGUAUUGAUGAGCAUAAAGAUAAUAAUAGUACACACAGAGAUGUUAUCAUUGAUUCUAACGAAAGAAUAUAUUUACAAGAUUAUUCUUUUGCACAAUCUUCAUUCAUGCAAGAUUAUGAUGAGCAAUCGAGCUCGAAAAACAGAUCUCGUUCUUCUACUCAUUCUUCAGCAUCGAUCUAUUGCGAUGACUCGGAGAUAAGUGGACAAUCUCGAAUAUCAUCUGGUAAUAGUUCAAUUACAACUAUGUCAAGACAAUGCGCAAAUCAGGAGUUUUCCACUACAACACGUCAAACCCUACCAACACCUGAUGAACCGCAAUGGCAUGAACAAUAUUUUACUCAUACAACCUUGACACCCGUAUCAUCCUCUUUGAGUUCAUUCUCUUUGAUGGAUAAUGAAAGAGGAACAAGGUUAUACCACUAA